AUGGUGACUAAUUCCAACAUGGUUAACUCACCGUUAGUGCCGAUCAUUGUUACGGCCAUCGUAACGCCGGUGAUCGUCCUAUUUGGCGAAAUCAUUCCCAAACUACUGGCUAAGCGUUAUUCUUACGGCUAUCUAUCCAAAGUGGUCUAUUUAAUGGAAUUUUUCAACAUUUUGCUUUUCCCGCUCACCUUUCCUUUCUCACGGAUUGCUCUUUCCUCUAAAACUAACAUCACCGAAAAAGAAAUUCGUGAAAUCUUGUCCAUCGCCACCCGGCAAAAAUUGAUCAAGCAAGAGGGCGCUUUAGUUGUCUCCCGGGCGAUUGGUCUUAACUCACUCCGAGCCAAGGACAUUAUGACUUUGCGCAAAAACUUUGUCCACGUUAAAGUGGAGGACACGCUGGAAUACUUGCUCGAAAUUUUUCGCCGAACUGGCCAUUCGCGUCUCCCAGUCAUGCGCGGAAACCGUUUCGUAGGAGCGGUCAUGCUAAAAGACAUUCUCCACAAAAAUUUGGGGACGGCGGCCGAUUACAUCCAGAAGAUUCCCCACGUUGACAAAAAUUUGUUGGUCGGUAAAGUUUUGGAAAAAUUACGCAUUAACAAAACUCACAUGGCCUUUGUGACAACCCGCAAAACGCAAGGAAACGCCGUGGUUGGUCUAGUCACGGUCGAAGACAUCAUCGAAGAAAUUUUUGGCGAAAUUUAUGACGAACACGACAACUCCCAUUUAAUUAACCAAAUUGCUCCUAACCGCUGGGAGGUUAGCGGCGAUCUAAAAAUGCGUGUUUUGGCCGAUCUAAUUAAAAACGUUGAUUUUGAAAGCAGCCAAGAUUUAACCGUCAAACAGUGGGUGCAAAAAAGAAUCAACCGCAAAAUUCACCUUAAAUUGAACUACAUUUACAAAAACAAAGUCUAUUUCCGCGUCAUUCAAAAUAAAAAAGUUUUGGGUACCAAAUUCUCGGUAAGAUUAAAGUGA